AUGGAGAGCGUGUCUGCCAGUCGACCGCAACGAUUACUUGUGUAUGGGGAUCAGACGGACCGCACGGACCUGGCAAUCAAGCAUCUCUUCGAACAGGCAAAAUCCUCCGUUCUGCUCUCGUCUUUCUUGUCUCGAUGCGCCGACUCGUUGCAAACAGCCAUCGCUGCGCUGGACUGGCUUCCUCGGCGAUUUUUCCCGUCCUUUCGCUCGAUUCUCGAUCUCUCGUUAAAGUUUGAAUCUUCGGAUGGGUCAUCGGGUCCUGUUUCCUUGGUUCUUAGCUAUGUCACCCGAAUUGGCGAGCUUUUAAUAUACGCCGAGAAAGACCCAGUGUUAUUGACAAGUCCCAUGACCGUUCUGGGACUUUGUGUAGGUCUGCUCCCAGCCGUAGUAGCAGCCGCUGCAAAAGACGCCCGAGAGCUGGCCGACCUGGGUCUCACUUUCAUUCCCUUCUGUGUGAGGCUGGCGGUAAGUGCCGAGCAAAGGACCCGAAGGCUCGAAGUGUCGACAGGGGCUUGGAGCUAUGUGCUGAAGGACAUACACAGCACGAGCUUGCAAUCCGUCAUCGACGAAUUUCAUGCUGUCUCUGCUAUACCAAGACACCGCGGUGUCUAUAUCAGUGUAUUGGGUCCCAACUGGACGACGGUCUCUGGUCCACCAUCAACCUUGCGCAGAUUCCUAUCUUGGUCCCCGCGUGUGACUGGACUUCCCCAGAUCCGGAUACCCAUCGCGGUCCUCGCUCACGCGCCCCACCUGCCUUUGAUGGACUAUGAAUGGAUCAUGGGGAACUCGCCGGCGCUGGAAAAGCCUCUGCCAGAGAGGAUAUCAAUCAUUUCCACCAGCACGUGUAUGCCCUAUACGGGUAGGACUCUGGGUGCCGUUCUGCUGGAGGUUUUAAAGGACGCGUUAGACAGGCCACUGCGUCUCGUCGACUGCAUAUGUGCGACGAUAAGCCGCAUGUACGGUGGCGGGGACAUCGAUAUCAUCCGUGUCGGACCGAUGGCGCAGACCAAGUUCCUCGAAAAGGUCCUACAACAGAUGGGCAUGGGAUACACCCUGACCAUGUCUCCCCAGUUGAACGCGGACGGGGCCCAUGGCAUUCGCGGUGGCUCGGACAAGAUCGCAAUUGUGGGGAUGGCAGGGAGAUUUCCACAAAGCAACAGCGUUGACGAGCUUUGGAGGGUCAUUCUGGAAGGUGUUGAGACUCACACUGAAAUACCUCCAGACCGCUUUGAUGUAGAACAGUGGUAUGACUCCGCGGGCAACAAGCCGAACAGCACGGCCGUGCGGCACGGCUGCUUUAUCAACAAUCCUGGCGAAUUUGACGCGAGGCUUUUCAAUGCUUCACCCCGCGAAGCCUUCCAGAUGGACCCUCUUCACCGUCUCCUCCUCAUGACCGCUCAUGAGGCGCUCGAGAACUCGGGGUACAGUCCCUCGAGCAGCCUCUCAACCGACCGGAAGCGAGUUGCCGUCUACGCCGGCCAGUGUGUUGAGCCCUGGCGAGAUGUUCUCUCCUCGGCGCAAGGGACGGACGUAUAUACCGCCCCUGGCCUCUUGCGUGCCUUUGCACCUGGCCGCCUGAACUACCACUUUGGCUUCGAAGGGCCGUCCUACAGCGUCGACGCAGCAUGCUCAUCGAGCUCGACUGCCAUUGCGUUGGCAUGCUCCGCGCUAAUUGCGCGCGAAUGCGACAUGGCGUUGGCCGGUGGCGCUCAGCUGGCUAACACUCCUCUCGAGUAUUCGAGCCUCGACAAGGCAGGCAUGCUGUCGACCACCGGCGGGUGUAAGACCUUCCGAGCAGACGCGGACGGGUACUGUCGCGGUGAGGGUGUGGGGAUGGUCGUGCUUAAACGGCUUGAGGAUGCCCUUGCAGAGAAUGACAACAUCGUGUCGGUGAUUAGUGGAUGGGGUCGGAACCAUUCUGCCAAUGCCAUCUCCAUCACGCACCCGCAUUCUGAAACGCAGCAACAACUGUAUCGCCAGGUGUUACAACAAGCGGGCAUCGAGCCUACCGACGUUGGAUAUGUGGAAAUGCACGGCACAGCCACGCAAGCAGGAGACGUGGUGGAGAUGGAUUCAGUCCUCAGUGUGUUUGCGAGGGACCGCUCUCCCAACAACCCUCUCCACCUUGGAGCCGUCAAAGCCAAUAUCGGCCACGGUGAGGCGGUGGCCGGUGUUUCUGCGGUGGUCAAGGCUUCGAUGAUGCUGCAGGAAGGACUGAUUCCCCCGCAGGCCGGAAUGCCGCGACCUUUGAACCCGAACUUUCCUGAUCUGAAUGCUUUGAACGUGCGCAUCCCGUCGCACCCGAUUCCCCUCUCGAACACGAACGACAAAAGCCGUCAAAACAGGAUCUUGGUCAACAACUUCGACGCGGCUGGCGGGAAUACUUGCUUGCUCCUCGAGAACAGCCCCUGCAAAGAAGCCGGCAAGAAUGCGGACCCGCGAGAAUGGCAUGUCGUGGCCUUGUCAGGCCGCACUGCCCGGUCGCUGAGAGGCAAUCAACGGCGGCUAUUGAGCUACCUGGAAGCGCACAAGGCUACAAGACUGGCUGACCUGGCAUACAGCACCACGGCCAGGCGAAUGCACGAGACGCUGAGAGUUGCGUACACCGGCUCGUCGGUGGACGAUAUCAUCUCCCAGCUGGAGGCGAACCUACACAAAUCCCCCGACACUGAACGGCCGUCGCUGAAGACGAAGUCAACUGUCAUCUUUACAUUUACCGGGCAGGGUUCUCAGUAUGCCGGCAUGGGAUGCCAGAUUUUCCACCAGUCACGCCGCUUCCGGGGAGAGGCCAUUGAGCUUCAGAAAAUCGCCACACAUCUCGGCUUCCCCUAUUUUCUCGAUAUCAUCAGAGACGCCGACGUAACCAUGGCGGAGAAAUCGACUACGCAGGUCCAGCUGGCCAUAUUGACCCUUGAAAUCGCUCUUGCACACCUUUGGAUGUCGUGGGGCCUCAAGCCCUUGGCCGUCAUGGGCCACAGCCUCGGCGAGUACGCUGCACUUUGCGUUGCCGGCGUGCUGUCGGCCAGCGACGCAGUUUUCCUCGUCGGCACGCGGGCGACGCUCGUGGAGUCGAGGUGUACCGUGGCCGAGUACGGAAUGCUCUCAACCACCGCUCCAGCGGAGACGAUUCAGCAAGUCCUGCAAAGCUCGGGGCUAGACAUUUCGUGCCAAAUAUCCUGCUUGAACGCGCCAGCAUCGACGGUCGUCAGUGGGAAGAAGCGAGAAAUCGAGCAACUCGCUGGUAUUCUUGAACAGAACGCGGUUCAUACCAGAUCUGUCCGGGUCCCGUAUGGUUUCCACUCCGCCCAGCUCGACCCGAUUCUGGACGACUUCGAAGCAGCAGCAAGCAGCGUCAAUUUCGGGGCGCCAGCGAUACCGGUCAUGUCUACCUUGAAUGGGAAGCUGGUCGGAGACAGCGGGGUCUUCACAGCAUCCUACCUGGCCAGGCAGAUGCGCGAGCCAGUCCAAUUCGUCUCAGCCCUUCAGAAUCUGAGAGCAAGCGGGUUGGUGGACGAGGGCAGCUUCUGGCUCGAACUCGGGCCAACUCCAUUCUGCACCGGCUUCGUCAAAUCAACGCUUAAAGUCCCUCCCGAAAGGACCCUGGCUUCUCUCAAAGCCGGAGAGCCCGACUUCAAGACGCUGUCGAGCUCCCUUGGGCAAUUGUAUCAGAACGGAGUUCAUAUCCAGUGGGCCGAAUUCCACAAAGAGUAUCUCGACUCGGUCAGCCUGGUGGACAUGCCGACGUAUGCAUUCGACACCAAGAACUUCUGGGAGACCUACAAAACCACGAAUAGCUGGGGCACAAUCAGCGCCACGGAUGGAGCCUCCCAACCAGGGAAAUUGUUGACGUCGGCGCUGCAGAAAAUCACCUCGGAGACGGUCAGCGGUCAGGAGAUUCGUGUGGUAUUCGAGUCCAAGGCCGCCCAGGAAGAUCUGUUCGCCGCCAUCAACGGCCACAUCAUCAGCGGUGUGGCACUCUGUCCCUCGAGCGUUUUCGCGGACAUGGCACUCGGCGCGGCCAAAUAUGUCCGGAGCCUGGCUCAUCCUCGCGACCCCAUUCCAUCUGCAUCCCUUUGCGACCUGGACAUUUUCAACGCUCUCGUCCUGUCGCCUUCUGACGAAACCCAAACUCUCCGCGUCACCGCUUCGGCCGCGGCGGAGGACAUGUGGAAGGUGCAUCUCUCUUUCUCCUCGAGCUCGAAACGUGGCGGCAAAGACUUCGUCGGCCGCGGCCGAUGCCACGUCGAUUUCAGCGACGUGUGCCAGAUUCGAUCCGACUGGGAACGCAGCGCCCAUCUCAUCCGGUCUAGGAUCGAGAGCCUCAAGAGCCGGGACAGCGAGGAACACGUCAGCCGGCUCAAGAGGCCGUAUAUCUACAAGCUGUUCAACUCGGUGGUCAGAUACGACGAAGCCUACCAAGGGCUGCACGAGAUCUACAUGGACGAAGACAAACAAGACGCCGUAGCCGUGGUCAAGCUCAGGCCCAGAGUCGGCCGAGGUACGUGGACGGCCAACCCGUACUGGACUGACUCCAUGGUGCACCUGGCGGGGUUUAUCUUGAACGGCAGCAGCAAGACGCCGGAGGAUGUGGCAUACAUCUCCGGCGGGCUUGACCGUAUGACGCUCGUGGAGGAACUCGCCGAGGGGACAACGUACCACAGCUACGUACAUAUGCGCUCAGCGGGCAAGAAGGGCGCUUCCAUCGGCGACGUGUACAUGCUGGACGGAGCUCGAGUGAUUGGCUGCUGCGAAGGUGUCAAGUUCCAGCAGAUGAAGAAAAGCGUCCUCAAUACGCUUCUUGGGGUCUCUGAACCAGACAUCACAUCUGUCAGGCGAACGUCUACGACACAACAACAAUCCCCAGUGACGACGACGCUGCACCGAGAACUCCCGAGCGGCAAGCCUGUGCUUGACCCCGUCAACCAGAAACCCACUCCGCCUCGCGCCGUCUCCGGGACAAGGGCUGCAAAGGUCGACGAUGGCGAGAUUGCAGAGAUUUUCCUGGAGAUGGUCAUUGCCGAGACGGGGUUUGACGCAAGCGAGGUGCACGACGAUACCGAGUUCGCAGAUAUGGGCGUCGACUCGCUGAUGAGCAUGGUCGUCGUCGACGCGAUCAAGCGUCGCACGGGCGUCGUCCUGCCGUUGUCGCUGUUCCUCGAGACAGCGACCGUCGGAGCGCUGAGGACCAGAUUUGGAUCCAAGAGGUCGAGCGGGGGAGAAUCCCCGAAGACAGCAACGAAUGCGCCGACGUCAAACAGCGAAAACUCGGCUUCUGAACGCUCGGACAACGAUCUUGACCCUGUGUGGUCGACCACGCCGCCGACCGACGUCGAUGAACCCGCCUUCCUCUCUGACGCGCGCCCAACCACUUACUCCAGCACCGCAGUGCUCAUCCAGGGGGGCGAGGCCGACGCCACCGAGCCGCCGCUCUUCCUCAUCUGCGACGGCAUCGGGUCGGCCGUCGCCUUCGCAGACCUGCCGCCCCUGCCGUCCAGCACCGCCCUCUACGCGCUGGAGUCCCCCUUCCUCGAGGAUCCCGCGGCCUUGACCUGCUCGGUCGAAGCCCUGGCCCCGCUGUACGAGCGCGCCAUCAAGGCGGUGCAGCGUGCCGGCCCUUACCGCCUGGGUGGCUUGUCCGCCGGCGCCGCCUUUGCCUACGAGGUGGCGCGCCAGAUGCUGGCCCGGGGCGAGCAGGUCCUGGGCCUGUUGCUCAUCGACAUGAAGGUGCCCCGGGGUGCGCCGCAUGAUCCGCAAGUCGGCAUGCCGACGCGUGAGGCGAUCGGGAUGUUCGCACGAUUGCGUGGUGGUGGCGGUGGUGCGCAUUCGGGAGACCUGGGCCCGCUGGGCGAGAAGACGCUGGAGCACGUACUGGCGACCAGCCUGUGCGUGACGAGGUACGACCCGCUCCCGAUGCGACGGGGCCAGCAGCCCGCCAAAGGCACCUUGGUCGUCUGGGCGCGACGGGGUCUUUGCGAGACGGCCGACGCGCAGGGCCGCGACGCCGCCGAGCUCCAGAACCUCGUCGACCCGGCCGGCAAGAACAUCAUGUAUGACCACGACGUCGACUUCCGGGCCUGGUUCUGCUCCAGGAGGCACGACUUCGGCGCCAACGGAUGGGACCGCCUGGUUGGAGCCGUCGAGACGCUCGUGGUCGACGGGGACCAUUUCUCGCUUGUCCAGAAGCCCUAUGUCGAUGGCCUUGGGAGAGCCAUAGAACAGGCGCUGGCCAAGUUCAGCGUCCGCUAGGAUGUGCAAGCGAAGUUCACAUCGCCGCCUCAGGGAUGUUGCCCAGUUCCCUGACAACAAAGCCCACGCCUUGACUUCCGCACGAAACAGGUCUCUUGACCCUUGCCAUCGAAGUUCUCAGCAAGGGCGACAAGACAUCGGGUUUGGAGCUACAGCUCAGAUGUACAAGACUUCGCGAACCGAACUCUCCGUCGUCGACGCGACGCUAGGUCCCCUUACCGACCCGGGCAGGAUGCACGAGCCUCAUUCACUUGAGAUAGGUCUUCGAGAAGAAUCAAUGGCCUUGCAGAGCGCAGGCUUUCCAGUAGGGGUUAGUCAAUGCACGAGAACAAUCCCGAAAA